CAGCCGAGAGAUUUGAGGAACAAACCAGCAUAAAAGGAGUUGUUCGACAUCAGUUUCCAAUCAAGUUGGCAUUUGGAUGUACAGCACACAAAGUACAAGGGAUGACCAUGAAGUCUGCAGUUGUUUCUUUGAAGAGAGUUUUUGAACACGGAAUGGCAUACGUCGCCCUCAGUCGCACAACUUCUCUGGAAGGACUUAAAAUCAUUGAUUUGGAUGAGAAUAAGAUCUACGCCGAUGAAAAUAUCAGAGCAGCUAUGGAUUCAAUGAGAACAGCAUCGUUCUCAAACGCCAGACCGCUCUUGAAUUUUCAAUCACGUCAUCAAAGUGCAACUUUAACAAUUAUUCAUCACAACGUCGAAGGUCUCAUCUCUCAUUCUGAGGACAUGAAACACCAUCAUGAACUCAGAUUGGCAGAUAUUUUAUGCCUUACCGAGACUCAUUUAUUUGGAUCUUCUGCUCCAGCUUGUGGCCAAAUGGAGGGUUAUUGUUUCUUUUCACGUAACAGACAUGUUUCUUAUUCCAACCGAGUGGACAUGUCUACCAAAGAGGGGGGAGGAGUAGGCACUUACUGCAGGAGUCUUCUACAACCCCAGGAGCGGAGAUACUUUCACAAUGUUACCGAUCUUGAAUACAACGUUGUGAAAGUGGAUGCUCCGAUCACAGCCCUCAUUGCCACGGUUUACAGGCCACCAAGUUAUGAUCUAGCUAUGUUUUUGAAAAACAUGCAAAAUCUUUUGGAUGGCCUGAAUUCAAUGGAUAUUCAGCCAGUUGUGGUAUUGGGAGACUUCAACGAGGACCUCCUCUCUCCGGGGAAAAAAGCAAUCAAGGAGUUGUUUGGAAGCAAAGGAUUUACUCAACUCAUCUCGGAUCCAACAACGGAAAGGCAGACUCUCAUUGACCACAUUUACAUAUCUCAGCCAGAAUAUUGUGUUCAGUCAGGUGUGUUGCAGACUUAUUACAGUUACCACAACCCUGUAUAUUGUAUUUUGGCUUCAUUUUCAGCUGCAUCUUCACCAUGACUUGAGAGGAGGGCUGGGAAACAAAUUACACUAGGACAAUAGUCCUGUCAUUUUUAAUGGUACUCC